ACCAACUAGUUGCCCUAGAAGAGCGCUGUGUGGUUUUUCACUAUCCUAAAUAAGUUUAACAUCACCAUGGAAAAAAAUAGAAGCGGAAACGAGGAUUACAACUAUAUCCAGGGCAAGUUCAUGUCAAAUGUUUCCGCUGGAGAAGAAAUAUUGAUUACAGGUUUGGCAGGAACGUUUCCUAAUUCACAUGAUGUAUAUGAAUUCCAAGAAAAUUUAUUCAACAAAGUCAACAUGGUACAACCAAAUAAACGUUGGGAUUUUAAACAUCCACAAAUACCUGAAUGUUCUGGUACUAUCCCCGAGAUUGAUAAAUAUGAUACAGGGUUUUUCGGUAUUCAUCAAAAUGAAAGUGAAACACAGGACAUAUUGAGUAGAAAACUUAUUGAAAAAUCCGUUGAAGCCAUUUUCGAUGCUGGAUUAAAUCUCGAAGAUUUAAAAAACACAAAUUCCGGUGUUUACGUUGGAACUUGUUUCAGUGAAAUGGAAAUAAAUAAUUUGUUUAGUGAAAAGAAAUAUCGAAAAAAUGGAUUUUCUGGAUGUACUCGAUCCUCUAUAGCUCACAGAAUCAGUUAUUUUUUAAAACUAAAAGGUCCAUCAUUCAUAACAGAUACUGCUUGUAGCAGUUCACUUUUCGCAUUAGAAAACGCUUUUAGAGAUCUGAGACUGGGAGUAGUUGAUACCGCUAUUAUAUGUGGAGCCAAUCUGUGUUUUCAUCCAAUAGUAUCAUUGCAAUUUUCCAGGUUAGGUGUAUUGAGUAUGGACGGUAGCUGUAAAGUAUUUGAUGCAGCAGGCGAUGGCUAUGCUAGGUCUGAAGCAAUAUGUGCAAUAAUUAUUCAAAAGAGGAGAGUGGCGAAAAGAAAUUACGGACAAAUUGUUUAUGCCAAAACCAACUGUGAUGGAUUUAAAGAAACUAGUAUCACGUAUCCUUCUGGAGAGGUACAGAAAAAUCUCCUGACAGAAUUCUACAGGGACUCCGGAAUAAACCCUGCUGAUCUUAGUUUCUUAGAAGCUCAUGGAACAGGUACUUUCGUUGGAGACCCUGAAGAAUGUAGAAGUAUCGACGAAGUUUUUGGAAAAUGUAGAAAAGAUCCAUUAUUAAUUGGUUCUGUAAAAUCGAAUAUUGGACACUCUGAACCAGCUUCUGGAUUAUGUUCUAUUACGAAAUGUAUAAUCGGUUUUGAAACUGGUUACAUUCCCCCUAAUAUUCAUUUCAAAACUCCUCGAGAAUCUCUUAUUGGAAUUAUUGAAGGACGACUCCAAGUGGUCUCAGAGAAAAUGCCGUUAAAGGAUAACAAAGGAUUGAUCGGUAUCAAUAGCUUUGGUUUUGGUGGAGGCAAUUGCCAUGUUUUGAUAAAAGCUAAUGACAAACAAAAAAUUGAUAAGGGCAUUCCGAAAGAUGAUAUACCACGAUUAAUAUGUAUUAGCGGUCGAACACUCCAUUCGAUUACAUAUCUUUUGGAUGAAUUGAAAUCUAAUACUUUAGAUGCUGAAUAUGUUAGACUAAUACAUAAUGUUUUCAGAAAAAAUAUCCCCAAUCACAUUUAUAGAGGUUAUUCGAUAGUAUCGAAAUCAGGAGAAUUAUGCAGAUUCAUUCAAACGAUUUCCGUUACUAAGGCUCAAUUGUACUUUGUUUUUGGUGAAUUUAGCGAAUGGUUUGAAGCCGGAAGAAAAUUACAACUAAUAUCUAGUUUUUCCAAGUCCAUAGACAAAUUACAAAAAUUGUUACUUUCCAAAGGUGUCGAUGUUCAUAAAACACUUUUCGAUAAUUAUGCCGACAGAUCUAAAAAUCAUGUUUUGGGAAGUAUUUUAGUUCAAAUUGGACUUUUAGCUAUUUUCGAAGAUUUGGAUAUCAAGCCCAGCAACUAUUUUGGAUAUUCUUAUGGCGAAUUGCUUGCUGCUUACUCCAAUGGUAUAAUAACAAUAGAACAGACUAUUGAAUGUGCAUUAGUAAUCAAUGAUGUUGUUGAUACAACCAUUAACUCGCACGUAUCAAUGGAAGCUACGAAAGCAGUUAACGGUAAUUCAGAAAAUGGUGCAAACUUGGAUAAGUUCAGAUCAAGUUUCAUAUCAAACGAAUGUCUACCGAUUAAAAAUCAACUAUUGGCUAACUUAUCCAGUAUCCUAAAAAAAAUACAAAUUGGAAAACCUGGUAAAAAGAUUGGAUUAGCUGAGUAUUUGGUGAACGCCUUGUCGCAAAAAUCUUUUGAUAAAAUCGAUAACAUCGAAAAAAAUUCUAUAGUAAUUACAAUCGGUUAUAUUCCAAAUCUCGAAUCAAAUAUGGAAGAUAUCAAGAUUAUUCCAAUAGCUCCACCGGAAGAUAUUAAUUUCUUAGAAGGAUUUUUAAGAACAACUGGAAACUUAUACAUGAACGGCUACAAUCCUCAAGUAGCAAAAUUAUAUCCAGAAAUCAACUUCCCAGUAAGCAAGGGAACCAGAAUGAUAUCACCAUUCAUUAAAUGGAAACAUGAGCGAACUUGGUUCGUACCUUUAUAUAACUUAAAAAAUCUUAAAUUAGGUGAAAUUUGUAGUCGAUUACUUAGAGUUCAACUUGACGACCAGCAAUAUAAUUUUAUCGAGGGACAUACCAUUGAUGGAAGAAUCUUAUUUCCCGCUACUGGCUACUUAUAUAUUGUAUGGGAAACUUUAUCAAUGAUAGAAGACAUAUCAUUAACAAUGCAGAAUAUAGUAUUCGAGGAUGUCAGAUUUUUAAGGGCUACAACACUAUCCCUUAAAGGACAUAAUAUAUUCGAAAUUAUUAUCAAUAAAAUCUCUGGUAAAUUUGAAAUAAUUGAAGGUGGUUCUCUGGUGGUCACAGGAAAAAUGUUUGCAAAAAGUGUUGAGUGUGAACCUAUCAAUGCGUUAACUGAUAUUCCUUCUAGUCCAAAUACAUUGACGUCGAAGGAUAUUUAUAAAGAAUUCCGUCUAAGAGGAUACAACUAUUCGGGAGACUUCAGAAGCAUACAAGAAUUCAAUCCAGAAUAUAACGUGGGUUUGAUAAAAUGGAAAGAUAAUUGGAUUGCAUUUAUGGACAACAUGCUGCAAAUGAAUAUUUUCCAAUCAGACACGAGAUUGCUGUAUGUGCCCACUUACAUAUCGCAAAUGAUUGUACCUGCCAAAUCUCAUUUUGAAUGGGUGACAAAGAAUUUUCUGGAGAAACAGAAGGAGCCUCUUCUUCCAGUUUCCUGUGAUCCAAUAUCGAAGGAUGUAAGAUGUGGAGGUAUAGUAAUCAAAGGUCUAAUUGCCAAUUCAAUACCCAGAAGGAAAGAUCUAGGAAUACCAGUUUUGGAAAAGUAUCAAUUUGUUCCCAACGUAACUACUCUCACACUAAAUGAAUCGAUUAGAAUAAAUAUGCAAAUUCUCCUUGAAAAUAAUAUAAUAAAUAAAGUCAAGUGUGUCGAGUUAAUUGAUGAAUUCACAAAAGAUAGCUCCACAAUAAUUCCAAUUAUUCAAGCCGCUUUUGAAGAUCAGCCACUUAUUCAACCUAUAGUAAAAAUACUAACAAAGAAUCAAUUACAAGAUAUUGAAGGAAAUAUUCCAAUAGAAGAUAAAGAACUGGAUACCGAAACUGAUUGUAAUUUAAUUGUCGGUUCUCGGCUAUUAGAAAGAUCAACGGUACUGAAAAUGGCUUAUGAAUCUUUAAAAGUAAACAGCUUUCUAGUAUCUCGAGAACCUGAACAAUUGGAUAUUGAUAUAUUUACAACAAAAGUGAAUGAUUUUACAAUAUUCACAAUCCACAAGACUCCUGAAGAGACUAUAGUUCUCUUAAAGAAAUGCUCAAAAACCAAAGAUGUUUUUGCUUUAGACGUAUCUUCUUCAGAAGAAUUGGAUUGGGUUCAAUCAUUGCAAGAUAUAAUAAAGAAACACAAAAGUGACAAUGUAGUAUUAUACACUCAAAAUCCUCUAAGCGGAAUUCUGGGAUUUGUCAACUGUAUUAGAAGAGAACCGGAAACUUCUUAUAUAAGAGCGCUGUUUGUUAUGGAUGAUGCUGAAGAGUUUAAUAAAAACAGUCCGUUUUAUAAGCAACAACUUGAUAAAAAUAUGGCAAUAAACAUUUGGAAAAAUAAUACUUGGGGCACAUAUAGACACUUACCAUUGGAUAAUCUAGAAAAUGUAAAAUCAGAACAUUUAUUCGUAAAUACCACUUCUAGAGGAGAUUUGUCUACCAUAAAAUGGAUCGAAAGCAAUCUAAAAAAAGACAUGAUCACUCCUCCUGAGAAAACAUUCGUUCAUGUUCAUUAUGCACCGCUCAAUUUUAGAGAUAUUAUGACUGCAACUGCGAAAAUAACUGUAGAUGUUAUUACAACGAAUAGAUUGGAACAAGAAUGUAUCCAAGGAAUAGAAUUUUCAGGAUAUACAUCAGAUGGAAGACGAGUUAUGGGAAUGGGACUUCACGGGCAGAUGUCAACUUUGAAUUUAGCGGAUGAAUAUUUACUUUAUGACGUUCCUGACACAAUGUCUUUAAAAGAAGCAGCAACAAUUCCUGUUGUUUACACAACUGUAUUCUAUGGAUUGUUUAUGAGAUCAAAACUAAAAAAGGGGCAAACUAUUCUUAUCCAUUCUGGAACUGGGGGGGUAGGACAAGCAGCAAUUAGAGUAGCGCUGUAUUAUGGCUGUACUGUAUUUACUACUGUUAGUACUGCCGAAAAAAGAGAAUUUCUUCUUAAAACAUUCCCACAACUUAAAACCGAGCAUAUUGGCAAUUCCCGAGACUUAUCAUUUGAGCAUAUGAUACGGAAAUAUACAAAAGGUCGAGGUGUGGAUGUAGUACUAAACUCUUUGGCUGAAGAAAAGCUUAUAGCUUCCGUUAGAUGUUUAGCACGCGGAGGAAAUUUUGUCGAAAUAGGAAAAUUUGAUUUUGGCAAGAAUAAUAUGCUCUCGAUGUCUCUUUUAAAAAAAGAUGCCACUUUCCAUGGAAUUAUGUUAGACGAAAUGCUAAAAAUGGGCCCUCAACAAAAGAUUAAAGUUGCUCAAUAUAUUAAAACUCAUAUGGGAAAAUGUAUUGUACCUCUGCCUAUUUCUUGUUUUGGUUACAAUCAAGUGGAAGAAGCUUUUAGAUAUAUGUCUACUGGAAAGCAUAUAGGAAAAGUAAUGAUACAAAUACGAGAAGAAGACAAAGUCCCACAAGCAGCUCCAGAAUACUUUGUCGGAUUUCCAAGAUACUUCUGUGACUCCGAAAAAACAUAUAUUAUUGUUGGAGGUUUGGGAGGUUUCGGAUUAGAAUUGGCAGACUGGUUAAUAUUGAAAGGAGCCAAAAAUUUAGUACUUACAUCAAGAAAAGGACUUUCAACUGGAUACCAAAAAGCAAGAAUGAGAAUUUGGAAAUCAUAUGGUACAGUGGUACAUAUAUCUCAAGAAGAUAUUUGUACUGAAGAAGGAUGUAGGAAUCUCUUAGAACAAGCUAAUAAACUAGGAGAUGUUGAUGCAAUUUUUAACUUAGCUGUUAUUCUAGCUGACGCAAUAUUUGAAAAUCAAACGGAAGAAUCUUUUAAAACUUCACUUGGACCUAAAGCAGUAGCAACGAAUCAUUUAGACAAAUUAUCAAGAAUAUUAUGCCCAAAACUUAAAGAUUUCGUGAUAUUCUCAUCUGUGUCCUGCGGUAGAGGCAAUGCUGGACAAACUAAUUAUGGGAUGGCAAAUUCAAUUAUGGAAAGGAUAUGUGAAAAAAGAAAAUCAGAUGGAUAUCCAGCACUGGCUAUACAAUGGGGAGCAAUUGGAGAUGUUGGUCUAGUAGCAGAAUUACAAGAAGAACAUAUUCAGUUAGAGAUUGGAGGAACUCUACAACAGAAGAUCUCGUCCUGUUUGAACGUCUUAAAUAACUUUUUGAGACAUAGAGAUGUAACAAUAGUGUCCAGUGUAGUAGUAGCUGAAAAACGAGGCGGUUUAUCUUCUUGCGAUAAUGUAGUUGAUUCUGUCUUAAAUAUAUUAGGUAUAACUGAUGCUAAAAUAGUCAGCCCUCAUGCGACUCUACCAGAACUAGGAAUGGAUUCAAUGACAGGAGUGGAAAUCAAACAAACGUUAGAAAGAGAAUUCGAAAUUUUCCUCUCUCCAAAAGAUAUAAAAUCGAUAACUUUAGCCAAAAUAAAAGAAAUUCAAGAAAAGAGAUGCUUAGAUGAAGAAGAAACAGUAAAACCAGUAGAUGUUAUUGAUUGGGAGAUUAUUUUGAAAAACCUUAACACAAUGGAUCUAAUGUCAACGGAAAUAGUUUUGAAAUCGAAUCUAUCAGAAGAUACUGAUGGGCCAACAUUGCUCAUAUUUCCAGGUAUUGAGGGAUAUGCCCAACUUUUCUCGCAGAUGGCAACGCAUUUGAAUGCUCACGUAGUAGUAUAUCAAUAUUGGGAAAAAGCUAAUUUCAAUACAGUUGAUGACAUAAUCCUGUUAUUGUUACCGAAAGUCCUACAACGGCUUGAAAAAAAUAAAACGUUCAACAUAAUAGGAUUUUCUAUGGGAUCUAUAUUUGCUAUAGAAAUUGUGAAUAAAUUGGAAUCUAUGGGCUAUACAGGAAAACUCAUAAUUAUUGACGGAGGUCCAACACUGAUGCAUCGAUUACUGCAUAAUUAUGACGAUAAACCCGUUAUUUUUGAAACUGAGUUGAUUUGGAAGACAUUGAUGUAUUUUACACCAAAGACUAAGGUUCUCAAGGAAAAGAGAAGAAUAUUCGAAUGCAGUGAUUGGAAUGAUCGUUUAAUACUAGCUGAAGAAAUUAUGAAAAAUGCUUCUUGCUCUCCCGAAAAUAUAGCUGAAAACAAAAUGUUGAUGGAGGGAACAUACAAUAGAUUCAAAAUAUGUCAGCAAUAUAUACAAUUUUCUGAUAAAUUGAAAACAAAAAUAAUACUGUAUAAGCCAAGUAAACAAAUUUAUGAGGAUAUCGAAGAUGACUAUGGAAUAUCACAAAUAACCGACUCCCCAAUAGAAAUAAAAGUUUUUGACGGAAAUCACUCAAAUAUUAUAGAAAAUGAAAUGUUAGCCAAGGAAGUGGAUUCUGUUAUCAAUAAUUAGAAUUAAUAAAGUGAUGAUCGAAACUAAAAAUAAAAUGAUUUGACAAUAUGAAAAUAAUUUUAUAAGAAAAUAAAUUAGUACUUAUUUUAACACCUCAUUUUGGUCACACAGUGUAUUUCCAUAUGCGACAUCUACUUUAUUUCAGUUUUAUAAUGGAAAUAAUAAAUAUUAAUGUCACUUUGCAGCUUCUUAGACUACUUAACGCACUGUUUAUACUACCACUACACCAACACACACAAUUACACUGUCUGAUACGCGUUUCAAUAAACAAAUUAACGUCUUCAAAUACUGAAGGUGAACUGCUUACUUUCAGUCCCUGAAGGCGAUAACUAGGUUAUCGAAACGCUCAUCACACAGUGUAAUUAUGAGUGUUUGUGUAAUGAUGAUAACGGUUCCAAUAAUUUCAACUGUUAAAGCUGCUUCUUUCACGGUUUCACAUCGCGAUAGUUAAUGUUUGGUAUAUUUGAAGAUUCUUAAGUUAGCCAAUCGAAUUGUAUGAUACCCUUGUAUGAGUAGAAUAAAUUUUGUGUAUGUAAUUGACAAGUUAGAAGGAUUAAAUAAUACAAAAUUAUGUUUAGAUAUCAACAAUAUGUAUGUUAAUUCAAUCUCAUUAAGCUUAGUAGAUACAAUUUACAAUAAAUUCAUAUAUUUCAAAACCAUAAUUAAAAUAAAAAAGAUGUAUAAAAUAAAAGAUGGCCAUUUUUUUCAUAAAUUAUUGACCUAAUAUAUUAAUUUUGGCGUAAGUAGUUCAUAUGUAAUGAUGUAUUUAUUGAUAAUUAGUAAUAAAAAUUCCUUUCUCUCAAAUGUGCACGACGAAGUAAAAUAACAAAAGCCAUACUGUAAAGUGUUGGCGUUAAAUGUUUAUAUCAAGAGCUGUACUUCGAAAGAAAAAUGAUAAGAAGAAUAUAUAAGUCAAAAAAGUAAUAAAACGGACAAUUAUGAGCGCUCAAAUUAGAAAAAAAUCUUGAAGAGAAUCACCAGAUUUAUGAAAUAGCAGCAAAUACGUUGACUAGGAAACACAUAAAACUAAUGGAAAAUAAUAGUGAAGUACAAAAAUUAACAGAAUGGAAACACUUGGAAAAUUCUUUCUAUUUAAACAUCAAACCUACUUUGUAAAAAACUAUUUAUUAUGCAAGAAAAUUAUUAAACUUAUUUUCAAUAAUCCGACUACCGUACUCGACAAUGUCGAACUAUUAAGACCGUCGUAUCUGUUUACAAACUGCUUUAAAUACCAAAAUCCUAUUAUACACAAAAGCUUUAAAUUAUUAUAUUUAUGGUCGUUACAGUCAUAUCAAUAUAAAAUAAAAGUAAGUAAUUUGAUACGUUAAUGGAACUUCUAGUGUUUAAGGGACACUUGGAAUCACUUGACUUUGACGUUGGUUCCCAUUAGGAGUGGUCAGUAUACAAUAAAUCUUAACGAAUAUAACAAUAACUUGAAGUUAGGUAGGUAAAUUUAUGAUUCUUCACAGUCACAUUGAUAUCAGACAAAAAUUAGGUAAUCCGAGACGAUACGUUUAUGGAGGGUAAAAUAAGGGAAGAGAAUCGCCAGAUUUAUGAAAUCGCAGCGAAUACGAUGAUUAGGACACAAAAAAAUAAUCGUGAAGUAAAAGAAUUGGAACCCAUUGGACAACUGAGACCCAGAAGCAAACCAAAAAGUUAAUGAGAGAGUCAAGUAACAAAUGACCUGAACAAAAUAAGAGUCUGGAUCGAGCGAUUACUAUUCCUAUUGGACUGUACAACUGAUUAUAUAUAAUUGUUGAGAUAUACAGUGAUAAAUAGAAACAAAAAUAGAAGAGCAUAAACAGAAAACUAUAUAGUGUAGAAGCAUGUGAAGAGAGAAAAACUAUAUUUAUAGAAUGACUUAUACUAUAACUGUUCAACUUCAUUCAAACAAAUUCGAUUGCUAUAGCAAUUGAAUAUCAGCUUAUGUAAAUCUAAUAUUUGAUACAUUAAUAAAAAUUUGUGUUAAUAGAUAACGUUUGUUGACACUAAGCAAAACCUACAAAGGCAGCUAAUGUUAUGAAUUUAGGCGUUAAGGAUAUGGUGAGAACAUAUGAAACAUUCACUGAUGAAAACACGUUUUUUUUAAUUAUGAGAAAUUCGAAAUAAAAUUAGACGUGAAAGUAGAAAUUCUAUACAAAUAUUUUCGACUUAACUCGUAUACCUACUAUAUUUUAUUUCAAACUAUGGCAGACUACGGUUUGAAAUACCUGGCAAUCAGAAGUGAGGAUGACGCCAGAGGGCAUUUAGUGUUAAACCGUUCUGAAGAGAUCCAACAAAAACAAAAUCGGUCAACUAAUGAGGGCUACUAUAUUGCCACCAGAGGCACUGGUUUAGUAAGUCUCCGGAAUAUCACUAUUUGUUAGAAUGUUUUUACAAAUAGUUGUUCCUUAAAUCGCUACUAUCCAGUGCUUUGAGAGUUUUGUCUUUCUACUUCGGAAAAAAAUAAAACCGUAUAAUAGCACGAUAAAUUUUAAAUUUUCUUCAUUUUUAAGUUACAUCAAAAUGAUUAUAUUUAAACUCUGUUUCCGAAUGCAUACCAAAUUUUAACAGCUUCACUAUAGAACAGAGCAUUUGUCUCUUUUCUUACGUAUUUCAGACCGAUACAAAAAAUAUAUUGUUUUCGAUCACAUUCAGUAGACGCAAAUAUUUUCUUCAAGGGACUUGGAGGAGUCUUUGACAUGUUGAGUAAAUCUACUGUAAAAUUUAUUUAAGUGCUAAUUUUUAUAGUCAUAGCAAUAACCAUUUUGAUGAUUAAUCAACGCUUUUUAUUAUUUUUUUCUCAAUUAUAAAUAGGUCUAGUAGAACUGUCUUUCAACACUGAUCAUAGGAUAGUCUCAAAAAACUCAGCAAAACAAUUGUUGAGUAAUGGUUGGCAAAGCUAGAAAUUAUUUUGAAAUAUAUUUUCCUAAGCGAAUGAUAUGUGUUAGUAAUAAUAAUAGGUUGUAUCUCUGUCUGGGUUACAUUCGUGCAAUGUUACCCUAGUUUUAAAUGGAUAAUUAUUAUGUCAGAGCAAUAGGUGUCUGCAGGUUUUUAAAGAUGAUUUCAUUAAUUGAACGAAAGAUAGGCAAGUAAUAUAGAAAAUAAUAGCAAAUAAUAAUACAUAAGAAAAUGACAAAAAUUACGUUGAAUUAAACUAUAUUUGUAACAAAAGAAUACGGAAAACUCAAACUCAAAAAAUUUUCCUUUCGUACUUUCGCAAAAUCAUUCUAAAUAUUGUAUAAAAUUUAAAUCUUCCCAUUUAUUUUAUUUUUGAUCUUCAUGUUACCUAUUACUUGUAUUUAAUAUUUCUAUUUGGGAUUCAUUUGAGUGUUAAGGAGAGCAAUACCUUCUGGCGGGAGUAGUAACCUAUGCAUUUUUCUGCUACAUUCUGUUAAAUAAAGGCUGGAUACCAAAGGAUCUGAAGAGUACAUUGUUUUAUUUAAAAUACCUAACAGAUUGUCAGCUCGACGGGUUUUUCGGGCACGAAACAUUUUGUCAUGUUCCAAAUUUCUCCAAAUCUAGUGAUAGUGAAACAGGAUAAAGCAAUCAUAAUUGUACGAAUUUUUUUUUUUCAAUAAAUAAAUCAAUUCUAGAACGACUAGCGAUAAUAGUUUUAUUAGAUUCAGAAUUUUUAGAAAUUUUUAUUGGAAUUCAACAAUUCGCUAUAAAUGGAUCUAAACUUAUACUAAGCAAUUUUUCGGUGAAAAUUUUCCCUCUAUUUCAUAAAUUUAAUUAAAAAGAGCGUCAGUUUUAAUUCAAAAUAUUUGUGGACAUUGAAAAAAGUCUUCUUGUCCCAUUUUUGUUAAGACUUAGCUAAACAUAUCUACUUUUUCAUGUUUGAAGAGAACAAUAUGUUUGAAGUGGUAGACACCUAGAAAAUAAUCCAAAUCUCAGAAAACGCAAAAUAAAUUCUAUGCAGGCUCUUUUGUAAUGAAAUUUCCUCAAAUUUAAUGAUAUAUCAAAGGUACCGACUUUACCAUUUUUCUUAAAUCUGAAUUGAAAAUAUCUCUAUAUUACAACCCAUAAAUAUGUACAAUAAUGAAAGAUGUAACUUUUGAUUCAUAAAAAAGCUCGAACUGCCGGUUUAUUUUCCAUAUUUUAUCAAGCACCAAUAUGCUUUUUGAGCACAAUUAUUAGCUUCCGAUUUUUGAUAAAAAAAAACAUGUACGCUUCAACUAAUGUUUGACAAGACACGUAGUUAUUCAGAUACUGCCUGCGAUAAUAGUGAAUAGUGAUACUGCCUGUGAAUUUUUGCUACAGAAUACCUAAAAAUCGUAACUCAUUUAUACUGGAGAAAUAUAGUAUAAAAAAAUACUUCCUCUCGACACGACGAAUUGAGAUGCUCCUCUGAUGUUGUCUUGAUUAAUCGAAAAUGAAAAGAUAUAAAACAUAUAAAAUUAUAAGAAUCUUAGAAUCACCAUAAUCCAUUCAUUUAUUAUGUUUAUACCGGGUUACCACAAAAAAUCUUUCAUAUUCAAAACAUUAUUAAUUCAGAAGUAUCAUAUAAAUAAUAAAGAAGAUAUUGAAGUUCUAUGCUCACUUUACAAUUUUUUUUGUAUGUAGUUCAAUUAAUUCCACAUCAUUUAUCUGUUGAUGUAGAGCUUUGGAAGUUUUUGGUAAUGUGAGUACAUAGAUAAUAUCCUUAAUGUACCCCUAGAGGAAGAUGUUUACUAAUAAAAACGAAACUUGUUAUUAUUCUCCUUUACCAUUACUUGUCAGUUCAGGCCCACUUGAAUAAGAUCCCAUACCUCGCUAUCUUUAUCUUCAAUAUUAACUCUAUGACAAAUAUUUACAUUAUUAUCUUCGCAAAUUUUAAAUAUACUUUGGUUCUGUGAAAUAUGUUUUAUAACAGUGAAUUGUCGAAUAACAGAUGACAAGAGUUGUAUAAGUACAUGUAUCAUACAUCUUUACAAUGAACUAUAAAACGAACGCCAACAUUUAUAAAUACCAAUAAACUUUUAUAGAAUCGAUGCUACAUUUGUAAAAAAAAUAUCAUCAAAUAGCCUAUAUACACAAUGUAUUUUUAAUCAAAAAUGAUGCCAUUAGUGAGGUUGCAUAUCAGAUUGUACCAAAGCUUUAAUUGCUCAUAAAUUAAAUAACCUAAUUAUUUCUACUAUAAUAUAAAUUAUUAAUUUAUAAUAGGAAAACCGACGAGUCUACAUUGGAAUUUACCCAAGCGUCUGAGAAUAUACUGGAUGACUUCGACACAGUAGAAAAGUAGGUUGUGUCUAUCACUGCUAAGUUGCUACAAGAUGUAUCAGAUUUUCCGCUUCCUAUGUUUAUAAACACAAUGUUUCAAAAUAUGUAAGUCCCACAAAAAUGUACCUGAUAACCACCAGUAAUCUAUAAAAUCUUGUUUUAUAAUUUGCUUCGGCUCAUAAUUAGGCCAAACAAUAUACUCGGAGCUUGAUGUUCCUAAGUAGGGGACUAUUUUAGAAAUCACGCGAUGAGCAAAACUUUAUAUCAAAUCUAUCAGCAAUUAGCCUAAGUGUUUCAGUAUUUGCCAAAUACCAUAUGAUCAAGUAAACAGCCUUCUUUAAAGUAAUUUUCCAAUAACAUAUUCACUUGUCAAUCUCCCCAUUCUAAAGUGUUCACGAAUUUUUCCUCGUCCCAUGUAAUUUUUAAGACAAUGUAGAUUUAAUCUCUAUUGAGAUUUCUAAAAUAGAACUUGAAAAAAGUGGCCGUUGUGUAAUAAAAGUGAUCUAAGGUAUCUCCUUCACUAUCACUUCCACACAACAAGCAAAUAUCCUGGUACAGUAGAGCAUCAAUCAUCCAAAUACCGGUUAUCCCGUUAUCGGUCAUCCGGACGUCCGUUGGUUAAAAAUUAGAAAAAAAAAAUUUUGCCCGCGUGCGAUGUUUCUAUAAAUUUCUAUGAUAUUCUUACUUUCGUUUCGCCGUGUGUAGCGCUCGUUGCCAGGAUUUAGGCACUCUGAGCGCACGUAAUCCCUCAUGUCAAAACAAAAGAUCGUCAUUUUGUCAGUUGACAAUCUUUUGUUGUGAUUGUGUUUUUGUGAUUAUAUAUUGUAAAGUAUUUGCAGAUAAAUUAAGUUGUUGUUUUAAGUGAUGUCGACUAAACGUAAACGUGUAGCUUUGUUAAUUGAAGAGAAAAUUAAAAUAUUGGAAGAGCUAGAUCAUGGUGUAAGUUGGGCUAAUUUAGCGCAGAUUUUAAAUGUAGGCACUUCUACGAUUUGGUACAUUAAAAAGCAGCGUCAAACGAUCAAAUACUGUUCUUCCAAACUAGACAGUAAAGAUGGGAGUACAAAAAUAAAAUCAAUGGAAUCAGCAGACAAUCAGGAUUUGGACUUGGCAAUGUAGUUUAUGUAAAUUAAAAGUUAAGGACAACCAAUUAAAGAACCGAUAGUUUGUGAGAAAGCACUGCAAAUAAACCAAAUGAUUAAUGGUGAUCUUAAUUCCAAAGCUACAACUGGCUGGCUCUACGCUUUAAAUAUAGGCACGGGAUAAGGGAGCUAGACAUACAAGGUGAGAGACUGUCAGCUGAUGUAGUAUGUGCCGAAAAUUUCAAGACAUUUAAUGAAUUUUGCAAAGCUAGUGGUUUUGAACCCAAGAACGUUUACAAUGCGGAUAAAACAGGUCUCAACUGGAAAAAGCUGCCAACCAAGAUAUUUGUUUCCAAAAAGGAAACUGCAGCGCCUGGAUACAAAGCCAGCAAAGUCAGCAUCACAGACAUGGUUUGCGCUAACUCUACUGGCGAUCACAGGCUCCUGGUGCAAAAUUCCCUGUUGUAUACAAAAAUUAAACAAAAUCCUGGAUGGAAACAGAGAUUUUGGUCACUGGUAUGAGAACGUUUUUAUCCCACAUGUCAAAAAACACAAACAAAAAAAAACAGAUUCAACCGGUAAAGUUCUCUUACUCAUAGGUAAUGUACCAACUCACCCAUCAGAUGUUAUUUCGAUCUAACAUGAUGUUGAAUGAGUUGUUUCUUCCGCCAAAUGUGACGUUAGUCCUACAACCAAUGGACCAGAGUUCAAUACAAACAUUUAAACAUUUGUACAGAAAGCAAUUACUUCAAAUGCUGCUUCUAGAUAUGGAGAAUAGUGAAAAAUCUGUGCUAAAGUUACAAGAAAUUGAAUUUGAAAUACGCUGUCUGCGUGGUGGCUGAUGCUUGGGCCUUCGUAAAAGACACCACACUUGAAAAAGCAUGGAAUAAGCUGAGUCCUGAAAUACGAAUUUCGCAAGAAAAUGGUGAUACUGGUCCAGAUGACACUCAAGAACCACAAGUGAUGAUCCGGAUAAAAUAAGAGAAAUCAUCAAAUAAGCACCAGGUUUUGAGGAGUGUGGCAAUGCCAAUAUAAACGAUAUGUUAAAUUGCGACGUCGAUGAUCUUGCUUAUCUGAUUUUUUCUUAUGAAGAAAUUGUGCAGCAGAUAAAGAAUGAUAAUCAGCAAGUAGGAGAGGAAGAGGAGGAUAGAGAAGACACUGAAGUAGGAAACGAUGUUCCAACCCACGAUGAGGUAUCUACCUACUUGGAAAAAGCUGUGAAGAGGUUAGAGCAUCAAGCUGAGUGUAACACCGUUCAGAUUUUGUCCUUAAAAAGAUCAAGAGAUUUAGCAGCAAAAAACAUGUUUGUAUUAGUGCCUUAAGCAAGAAAAUAUCUGAUUUCUUUUGUCAGCAUCCUUAAACAUACAGUGCUGUAAUUUUCAUAAUUGAAGGUGUUUUUAAAUUCUAAUUAAUGUUUUUGUUUCUGUUUAAAUUCCGUUCAGAUUUUGUCCUUAAAAAGAUCAAGAUAUUUAGCAGCAAAAAACAUGUUUGUAUUAGUGCCUUAAGCAAGAAAAUAUCUGAUUUCUUUUGUCAGCAUCCUUAAACAUACAGUGCUGUAAUUUUCAUAAUUGAAGGUGUUUUUAAAUUCUAAUUAAUGUUUUUGUUUCUGUUUAAAAAUUCUUUGUUUACGAUGUAUAUAUUGAUAAAAGAGUUGAGUUACAGUAUAUUACAUAUUCAUAUUACAGUGCGAAUAAGACUAAAAUCGAGUGCAAAUCAGUUAUCCGGAUUUUCAAUUAUCCAGUCACUGAAAUGCAUCAAUUAGUCUGCAUACUAGAUGCUCUAGUAGAUUUUGAUACAAAUUCAUAAUUACAAUCAAUAUUUGGCGCAAAAAAUCAUUUAUUUUUACCUUAUUUGUAAGAACACGGAGGAAUUUUGGGUUAAAGUAAAUUAAGCUGAAUUAAUGUUUCAGUUGGUCAUUCCAUUUGACCCACCAUAUUAAAGUGAGAACAAGUGAGCUGAUAUAUGAGCUCAAUUUGAAUUAAUUCAGAUCAUUUGCAAAAGCUAUAGAUGUAAAUUAUUCAUCUCAAAACAAUCUGAAGCGCUCGAGUAAAUACCUACUUGUGGUUCCAUACUAUUAACUUGAGUAUUUCUAAAAUUUUAUUUAAAACUAUAUAUUACUUUCCCAACUCGCGGAAAUAUAUCACCAAGUUAUAAGAACAAACAAUAGAGGAAAAACGAGGAAAUCG